GCAUAGAUUCCUCCUUGCGAAGAGCGAUUCGCCAGUUCGAAAUGUGUCCCUCCCACGGUAGCUGUGAUACUCACUCAGCCCAAGUUAGGAGAACCCGCACAUAGCGCUCAAGAAAAGAAUCCCUUAGAACGUCAUGAGCAGCAUUCCAGGAUAGAAGAUAGAGCGAGGACCGGCAAGCAGCGGUCGCCGCGGCUGUGGUUUCCUACGGGUAGCAGAAAUUGCUGCGGAUCAAACCUACGAGUAGCAGGGACCGGAGCGCGGAAUUAAUGUACGACUCGCCGGAGUAGUUUAAAUUUCUUAAAUCUACGAUCCCCAUGGAGCAUCUCGCGAUUCCGCACGGCAAAACCGACGAUCUCCUUCAACACGUCCCGAUUCGCUGGACCCCGCCCCAUUCGCCAUACGACGUCGCGAUGCACUCUGGCGAAAUUGGUAACCCAUCCAUUAAAAAUCGCGGGCCUUCCGCCGGGCUAGACCUGCGUCCAGGGGGCGACUUCGACGCAUACCAGCAGCCAAUCACCGGCGGCUUUGGCGGGGUUUCGCUAAUCUCCCCGCACCACUGCCCGCUUCCGCCUCACCCUCCGCAAUGGCAUUCUUCCGCCGAAAGCCCCCGUGGAUUGCAAGCGGCGGCUCCCCGCGAUUUCCCCCGACAGCGGGGGGGCCGGCGCACGGCGCGCCCCGUCGACGACGCAUGCGCCGCAGUUGCGCGCCUCGGCGGCGGAAAAAUCAUCGAGGAAACGGGGGGAGGAACAGAGCCACUGAACAAGGCAUCCGACAGGCAUGAUGACGCGAUCUGCAGACAUAAUGACGUCAGCUGCUUCUUGACCAUUCGCCGGGACGAUUCUAAUCGGCGCAGAAGCUUCGAAGAAGCGGCAACGGUUCAGCAGCGGCACGCAGGGGGGGCCGCGCGCGUCGCGCCGUUGCCGUCGCUGGUUGAGAAGGGCCCAAUCUCUGCUUUCGAAUCGGACGGUCCAGGCGAGUCCAGCUGGGAAAAGGAGUUCUUGGAAUGGACGGACGAAUGCGCCUCCGCCGCCGCCAACGCCGGCGCCGGCGCUGCUGUCGGGGCUUUGAGGACUUUAGAACCGACGCAAGUUGAAGCUGGAAAGACCGCUGCCGCGCCAUCGCUGGCGUCUUUAGAGGAGGCGGCUCGAAGGACCGCCGUCGCACCGCGGCUGGCGCAAACGGCGAAGCUGACGGAGGACGCCAGGCCGAAGUACGGCAACUUCUCGCUUCGGUACUUCGGGGGAAGCAAAGCCGCACACCGCGCCGAGCAGCACGAAGACGGCCGAAAGCUCCACGCUCUCUCCCCCACAAGCGGCGGACAGUCCCGCGAAAAUGGCCUCGCCCGCGGAAGCGGCGGACACUACAACCUCUUCUCUCGCAGCGGCGGGCGGAAAGAACGAGCCGCCGCCGCCGCUGCCGGUGUUGAUGCAGAGGAUGGGCGGAGCAGCCGAACUGGGGCAGGGGACGAAUCGCCGUGCGAGAGUUUCGACGGUUGUUCCGCCGCCCGCCAUUACCACGACCCUGUCUCCCCCCACGUCCGCGCGCUUCCCCCGCCGCUUCCGCACCCGCCGUCCCCCUCCGCCUCCGCGUGCCCAUCUCUGUCGCUGUCCGCACGGUCCGGAUGCGCCCCUUCCGUUGUUAGUACUGCCACGGACGGUCAGGAUUGCGCCUUUUUCAGUAAGGGUGAAAGGAAUGGUGAUGGCGAUGGCGGGUUGGGCUUUGGUGGUCACUCGGCGGGUUUAACGCACCGUGACAAGCAAGAGCGGCGCAGCGGGGAUUGGUGGGACGGUGUCGCUGAGUGGAAUCUUGGGGAAGCAGGAACAGGAGCAGGAGGAGGAGCGGCAGCAGUAGCAGCGGAAAUGGAGGCGCAAGUGGCGAGCUACAAGAAGAAGCUGGGUGCGAUGAUGAAGUUUUCCACGUGGGAGCAGCAGGAGAAGCAGCGACUGCAGCAGCAGCAGCAGCAGCAGCAGCAGGAGAAGGAGGAGGAGGAGGAAGACGCGGGCGUGAGUGAGGCACGGCGGGCGAUAAAGAAUGCCCAAGAGGAGCUGUUAUUUCCCAAGUACCACUCGCAGGGGCAGCAGCAGCCGCAGCAGCAGCAGCAGCCGCAGCCCCACCAGUUGCACCACCAGCACCAGCCGCAAUCCUACUCGCUAGAGACGAAACUGCCGCCCGGAGUGCCGACAUUCGGCAGCAGGGUCGGCCGAUCGGCGAGUCGAGACAGCGGCGACGGCUGUGUGACGUGGGGCGAUGGCAGCACUUGGGGGGGUUUGAGCAGGACCCACGGGGAGUAUGGAGGUGUGGGGAGCGGUGAUGGUGGAUUCGGCAGCAGGGUGGGCCGGUCGGCAAGCCGAGACAGCGGCGACGGCUGUGUGACGUGGGGCGAAGGCAGCGCUUGGGGGGAUGGCAGCAACAACACGUGGGGGAGCGACGUGGGGAGGCGCAACACGACGCAUGGGGAGCAUGGCACCACGUGGGGGAGAGACGAGGGAAGGAGCAUUGGGGAGUGCGGUGGUAUGGGGGUGAAUGGCGCCCCUAGGGGCAGAGAGGUUGCGUGGAGCGGCAGGGAUCCUGGUGGUUUUGGUGGUACGAUGGGGGGGAGAGGCACGGGCAAGGGCAGUGGGGAGAGUGGGGGUGAGUGGGGGAGGAACUGGGAGUGCGGCAGCAUGGGGUGGGGCCAUGAUGAGGCGUACAGCAUGUGCAGCAACGCCAGCAGCGCUGUGAGCGGCGGCGUGGGCGGAGGUGUGAGUGGCGGUAUGGGAGGAGGUGUGAGCGGCGGCGUGAGCAACGGUUUUAGUGGCGGUGUUAGCAGCGGCUACCGCCUCUCGCCGCCUCCUGUCAGCAACCACCCUCAGAACCACUCUCAGAACCACUUUCUCGGCUUCGGCGAUUCAUCUCUUGUCAGCAACCACUCUCACAACCACGCUCGCGGCUGCCAUGCUGACUUCUCGCCUCCUAUCAGCAACCACGCUCGCGGCUAUGCUGACUCCUCGUCUCACGCCUCCAUGCCGUCGCCACCUGCCAGCGCCGCGGCCACGUCAUCUGGCGUAGUAAUGCCCUCUGCUGGCGUGGCAUCAUCCAACGUGGCGUCCGGGGGUGGCUGCAGGGUGUUUUCUCCCGACCAGCUCACCGCAGCCACCAACGGUUUCCAAUCCGCCAACCUGCUGGGCGCUGGCGCGUUUGGGCAGGUUUUCAAGGGCAAUCUGUUGGGCUGCCAGGUGGCUAUCAAGCGGCUGCAGGGCAACGGGUGGCAGGGCGAGGAGGAGUACAACACGGAGGUCCAAGUCCUGUCGCGCAUGCGCCACCCGCACAUAGUGCUGCUCAUGGGACACUGCCCCGCCAUCAACUGCCUCGUCUAUGAGUACCUCCAGGGGGGAGACCUGGCAGAGCACCUCUCCUCAUCGCCUAACACAACCCCUACAGCUGGCUCAGCUGGUGGUGCCGGUCGUGGUGGUGGCGCUGCUGCUGCGGCCGGCAGCAGUGGCACGUUUCCAGUCUGCCGCCCACUCUCCUGGCCAGAUCGGAUCCGGAUCUUAUCCGAAGUGACUGGCGCACUCCUUUUUCUACACCAGCACUCACCCCCGAUCGCCCACCGUGACUUAAAGCCCCAGAACAUCCUCCUCGAUACAAGCCUGCGCGCUAAGGUCGCUGAUGUGGGCCUCGCCCGCCUCAUCGACUGCGGUAACGGGGAGUUCGGAGGGGAAGAGGGAGGGUACGGAGGGGGGAAUGUGACGGCGCGAGUGAGGGGGACCGUGGGGUAUAUAGACCCGGAGGAAAUGGUUACGUGUGAGGUGUCGGUGCUUGGGGAUGUGUAUGCGCUGGGGGUGGUGAUGAUGCAGAUGCUGAUGGGGUUGCCAAUGGUGCAACAGACGGUUAAGGUCAUGCGGAUAGCUCAUGAGGUGCUGCUGAAGCAGCAGCAACAGGGACACCAGCAGCAGCAGCAGACGCAGACGCAAAAGCACGAAAUGUAUGGAAGGGAUGAUCACAGGGGUGCAAGCAGCGGCAAUGAGAACAGCAGCAGUGACAGUAGCAACAAUACAAGCAGCGGCACCAGCAGCAGCAGAUGGACGUGUAACAUAAGCGAGAGCUUGCACAAGGCAACGGAUGUGAUUAUAGAGAGGCUGGACGACUCAGGCGGCAAGUGGGACCGGGCUGUUGCCAGAGAGGUGGCUGCUAUUGCCAUCUGCUGCACCAAUAGGAGGCGGGCCAGCAGGCCGGAUCUGGAGAGGGAGGUGCAUGAAGUGCUGGUGCAGCUUGCAGAGGAGGCUGCUGGGCGCCUGGAGAGGCAGCAUGAGGCGGCGGACAGUCACCUACUGUGUCCCCUGUCUAAGAUGAGGAUGAGGGAGCCAGUGGUGGCAGCAGACGGGUACACCUAUGAGAAGGAAGUGAUCGAGAGGUGGAUGGAGACAAGCAACAGGUCGCCAAUCACAGGAGAGCCCUUUGAGCACCCAAUGCUCACUCCGAAUAAUGCGAUAAACGUGAUGAUGGCAUAGAUGCGGCUGUACAACUCCCAGUAUUCACACCAGGCCCCAAGAUUCGUUUUUAGGCAUGCUGAUUUAUCAUCCUUGCCCCCCAUACUUCGGCUGAUUUCUCAGCCUCCCCCUGAAAAAAAAGGCUGAAUGUGACAGCCCCGACUCGAAAAAAUUCGCUGAGAGUUCAGCCUUGGUAAAAAAAAAAGAAACGCUGA